CUUUCAUGUAGCUUUAGUAUUCAUAUCUUCCUUCUGCUAUUUAGUUCAUCUCCUUUUGUUAUUCUUUCCAUCAAAAACAAAAAUGGUUUGCAUACACAGUUUCUUCGUAUUUUCCCAGAGACCUAGCUUUAUUUUCCUUGUUUUUCUCAUGAUUUUAACCACAACCCAUGUGAGUUACAAAGCUGAAGGUAAACCAAAACUCACAUCUGCAAACAGCUUUUCCAAGACAAUAAAUGAAGAGAAGGCGACGUUGUUGAGAGGUCAGAUAGGUUCGAGGCCGCCACGAUGCGAAGGAAGAUGCAGUUCUUGCGGGCACUGUGAAGCCAUUCAAGUGCCAACGAGUCCCCAGAUCAGAAACGGAAACGACCAUUCUUCAACGUCUAACUCUGAUGUUGCUCUUGGAAGAAAAGGCGGAGGCUACAACUCUAAUUACAAGCCCUUGAGCUGGAAAUGCAAAUGUGGCAACUUCAUCUUCAAUCCCUGAACAUUUAUCAUAGUUUCCGGAACAGAAUCUUAGGUUGUUGAACACCUGUCUUUGAACCCUGUAAAU